ACGUAUUAUUCAAAUGAUGUCGGUUUAUUUAAUAAUAUUUAGGAUAAGGGGGCGUCGACAUAUUCACUCAGUUUUUCCCGUUUACGUCAACUGGAAGUUAAGGUCAGACUCACCUCCCCCUCUCCCCUCAGUUUAUAAAAUGGCACUAAAUGGCGUACUAAGCUUUCGUUUUAUUUUCCAGCCUAUAACCUUUUCCUGGGCAGGAAACUCGUAAACAGAUGAAAGCAAAAAUCGUCAAAAUUGAGCAGAAAAAUGUCUCCACUUCCGCGUUUUUAAUCCUUUCAGACACAACAAGACGUUGUCAUAACAACAGUAAAAGUACUGGAGCGGAACCGAGAAGCUUCUUAUCCCGGAUUACAUGGAUUAGCGAAGGUUUGUGAUUAUUAAAGGAACGCCUGUUUCGAGUUUUGCACUUCGUUAGCCUCUCAUGUUUGUCUCACUGGCGUCUUGGGAUUCAAGUGUACACGUGUUAAGAUCCGGAGUUCCAAUACAAGGAAUUAAUUUAGAAGGAGAUGUGAAGCAACGAGGCCCAAAAAUAUAGCUGAAAUCAUACAAACAAGACAAUUAAAGUGAAUUAGGGAAACAGAAGCUGCAUUCUUUCCGUCAGAUGCCACUUAAUGUCUUUAGUAUGUAAAUACGUUCCAUUGAAAGCGACAUAAUUGCGACCACUGUUGUCCAUUAACGUCCAAGAAUAGACUGAUCAAUCAAUAACUUCAUGAAGAAAAGGGCUGCCCAUGCCAAUUUUGUACUGCAAUUUUCUCGACCGACAUUAGAUUUCGGAGGAUUUUUGAAGGCCAGUUUGUUUGGAUUCGUGUGGCUCAUUCGAAAGUUGGAAAACGUCGUCUAAAAUCGCAAUUACAAAUUCAUUUAGUGCUAAUUAUAGUCGCGCUUUGUGUCAGUUGCCUAGCAACGCAAAUUAGCAAAGAGAAAAAUCAAAGGAGCAGUUCUCAAAGGAAAUUGAUGCGAUGAAAUGUGCAGCGAGGUCCAUAAUUAACACGUUGCGCGGUUGGAAUCAAAGGGAAUUUUUCGAUCGUUUCAAAACAGUAUAGCUAUGGAUUCAGCUGAUGAACCCAUCGUCGCAUCAGACGGCGGCGAAAGAGAACUAAUCGACAAGUUACUGGAGUCCGGCGAGAGCCAGGAGAUCGAGGAAGAUUUCGAUCGCGUGGUGAACACAAGUGGCUGGGAUGAAGUCGCUUGCGGCUGGAAACACACUGCGCCGAAUGUUCGAUAUAUCUCUUCAGCUGGCCCCAAAAAGAAGACGUCGAAGGAAAAAUAUUGGAGAGUUAGCCCGGAUUCGGAGAGCCAUUACGCGAAAGUCAAGCGUCUCGCUGGAAUGAUCACAAAUUCGAAUUCGAACGUAAACAGCGUCACUGAAAUCAACAACGUAAGGGCCGCUGGAAAUUGGCCGGGAAACAGGACUCUAAAGACUAACAUGCGAAAUUUUCAAAACGCUGAUGUGUUGUCCUACGAUAGCCCUUGCUGGAGAUAUAUAAUCGAUCCUAGGACGUUGGAAUAUGUGGAAAGAACUCCACUUCAAGUGCUACGAAACAUGGCCACCACCCACAAGUAUCCGAACCAAACUCUUGUUCUCGAAAACGGUGGUAUGAUAACAUUUCAGGAAACUAGCAAUGGAGGUAUCGCAAUCAGCGAUCCCGCUUUGUCAUUCGAUCGUCGACUCUUGGAAAACCAGGAUCUCAAAGCGGAGUAUCGCGUUGAGAAGACUGAGAAGGCCAGUAGGUUUCCCUACAGUUUCGACUCAUCCGUCCCUCUUAUCACACAGUUCAGAUCGGAAGACAAGAUCAAAGUGAUUCACGCUUUGCCUACAUGCACAAUCAAAGAGAACCCGAUGAUUUCUUUCUGCGAGUUAUGCAGGUUUAGCACUCGUGAUAUAUCCAAACGUGACUGCAGACUUGAGAUUUGUACUAACAGCUCAACAGAGCUCAAACCACUACAAAAGAUAACACCGACCCAGAGACAGACAGCAGAGGAAAGCAUUUUGGCCAGUAAAGCUUCAGCAGCACAUUCCAGAUUAAAAUCUGACAGUUCUUCAUGUUUAAAGCCGUGUAGAAAAUUUAAGGAAAAUAAAGCUGCGAACCAGAAGCGAAAAACUGGUCCGGGAGGGGAGGGUAAGUUGGACUGGCUUCCUAUCACAAGGAACACUAUAGGGUACCCAUAUCCUUCAACUACCCUGAAUCAGACUCAUAGCAAAUUUCCAGAAAGACCAUCUGCUGGGUUUUCAAAGGCGUUCUCUCUUCCAAGGCACAACAAGAAGGGAAAGAAACUGACUCUUAGUGAGGCAGCAAAUUUAGUUCCCAAUAGAGGAAAGCUAGAUGAUGCACUGGAGAAACUCACUCAGGAACUGGACAGAAAAGUGGACAAGAGGAUCAGUUUUUCAGAGCCUCUGUUGCCAAGUGUAUCAGGGACAAAACUGGAAGUACCUGCUGGUGCUUUAGCCAACUUCUGUGAUAACUGACAUGUGUGAAUUAACAACCUAUCCAUUGAUUCCCCUGAUGGCUAUUCUUCAAGAUCCUUAAUGACAGCUACUUGUACAUUGUAGCCAAAACACAAACAUCUGCCCAGUAAUUAACUAUAUGCUCUACAAGGUCUUCAGGUUGUGCACUGAAUUUUUACCCUUUGAAAGUAUCACCGUUACUAAAGCUUUCAUUUUCCUUCCUAAUACUAAAGUAAAAUAUUAAUAAGCUACAUAUUUUCUGUACUAUUUCAGCAAGAACUUUUUCCAAAGCCUGUGAUUAUGCCUCUUUUCCCAUCAUCAUUUCUUAUCAUGAUAACAUUUGGGAUUUAAAAUAAUUGGGAUUAUAGAAUAUACCACUGGCCUUCUGCAGUUGGUACACAGUCUGUAGUUCUUUUUAUGACUGUGUCAUUAGGGUCGGCAUCUUCUAGAUGCCUCAGUGAAAGCAGGUAAACCUUUUGAAGAUUCUUCAGUUUUUCUCCUGGUAUCAAUUGACCAUCAGUAAGUCUUGUGCAUGUAGUUAGUGAAUUUUUGUCCCUGAUGAAAGUUUCAGUUGACCUUGAGUGGUUUGAAUGUAGCGUAAAAAUAGCAGGCUCACAGUAUCCCUGGGAAACUUUGAAAUGCUACAGCUAGCAUAAGUUUAUUACUCUCAGUCUCUAGAAAAGGUCAUAAUGCACUGUAAAUUAUGCAGUUUAGGGAGCAUAGUGACAAGAUCAAAAUCAAUGUGAAUAGACAUGUACAUGUACAUGUAUUUAUAAAGUGCACUUUCUGGUUUAGAUGAUACUGUAAAAUAAUUGGUUAAAACAGAAUAUUUUUGGUAGUGUACAUGUACAUUUUGGUAAAUAAGUGCAGAUGAAAAGUUCUUUAUUUAUACACUGAAAUAAAAUCUUACUCUUCGAUAAAUAAUUUGCAAUUGGUGAUUUUUUUGGUGAACAUAAAAUCCACUGCAUGUAUGCGACUAUUUUGUAGCCAUGUGUGUUCUAUAAAGGGUGUGAAAUGUACAGCCUUUAAUACCAUACCAUAGGAUCCCAGUUAUCAAUGAUGAAAUGAACCAAUGACCAAUGAGUCCUGUAAGUCUAUAUCUUAUUGCCAUUACCGUCAUUGGUCAGAGCUACCCGUAAACAGGUCAACCAUUAUUCAAGAUAACAUGGUGUUUAGGCUCUCUGGAACAUUUCUGAGGCUAACUGGAGCACUAUCGAGGCUAACCAAACUGCUUUUUGGGCUAACUGAAUGCUAUUAAGGCUAAUCACCAGUCAACUGGAGUGAUCCACAGAGGCGGAUCUAGGGGGAGCGUGCAGGGGUGCACUUCCCCU